CCGCUGUUCCAGCACAUGGAUGAUCUGGUGCUCGAGAACAUCUGCGACAGGGUCAAGUCCCUAAUAUUUCCCAAAGGAGAAGUCAUCGUCAGGGAAGGAGACCCGGUGCAGCGGAUGCUGUUCAUUGUGCGCGGCCACCGGCAGAGCAGCCAGGUGCUCCGCAACGGAGCGAAGAGCUGUUGCAUGCUGGGCAACUUCAGCGGCAACGAGCUGCUGUCGUUGUGCCUGCGCCGGCCGUUCCUGGAGCGGCUGCCGGCGUCGUCGUCGACGCUGGAGAGCACGGAGGCGUUCGGGCUGGACGCCGCGGACGUCAAAUACGAGACGCAGCACUUCCGGUACACCUUCACAAACGAGAAGGUGCGGCACAGCGCGAGCUACUACUACUCGCCCGGGUGGCGCACCUGGGCGGCCGUGGCGGUGCAGCUCGCGUGGCGCCGGUACAAGCACCGCAAGACGCUCGCGUCGCUUUCAUUCAUCCGCCCGCGCCGGCCGCUGUCGCGAUGCUCGUCGCUCGGCGAGGAGAAGCUCCGCCUCUACACCGCGCUGCUCACAUCGCCCAAGCCCAACCAGGACGACUUGCUCUGA